AUGUAGCCUAGGUUGAAAUCUCGCUGCAUUUCAGCUUGACUAGGAUCAAACGAAUUCAUUUGACGUUCUAAAUUCCCUGUUAUAAAUAAGAAUCUUUCAAGAUGUCUCUGUAUCCGUCUCUGGAAGAUAUGAAGGUUGAUCACAUGGCUCAAGCACAGGUUCAGCAAGCUCGCCCACAACAGCCUGCGCUUGGUUACCAAGCUCCUGCUCCUAUCCCAGGACCUAGGCCAGGUGGUCCAUCCAGUAGUCUGUAUCCCUCUCUCGAUGACUACAUGGGUCUUGCUGUUUCUGAGGAUGCUGUAAGGCAGCAUGUGCCAGGAUAUAGCACUGCUGGUGCAUUAGUUCCCAGACCUCAAGGAGCUGUUGCCAUUCCUCAGACCAGUGGAAUGGUUGCUCCAGUAACUGGGGACAACAAUCUGGGCAUCCGUCGGGCUGAAAUCAAACAAGGCAUCCGCGAGGUUAUCCUCUGCAAGGAUGGCAGUGGAAAGGUUGGCUUACGCGUGCGGGCUAUCAACAAGGGUGUGUUUGUACAGUAUGUCCAUGCAAACUCUCCUGCUGCCCUGGGUGGGUUAAGAUUUGGUGAUCAGAUUUUGCAGAUUGACGGUGAAACUUUAGCAGGCUAUAGUAGUGACAAAGUGAUGAAGAUCUUGAAGAAUGCUUCUGCGCAGAGAAUUGUGUUUGCUAUCAGAGACAGACCAUUUGAGCGAACAAUUGUUAUGCAGAAGGAUAGUAGUGGCCAUGUAGGAUUUGUGUUUAAAAAUGGUAAAAUAACUCAGAUUGCCAAAGAUACAUCUGCAGCAAGGAAUGGACUGUUGAUAGAACACAAUCUUGUGGAAGUAAAUGGACAAAAUGUGGUUGGACUUAAGGAUAGUGACAUCAAAGCAAUCCUUGAAAAGGCAGGUCAGACUAUCACACUGACAAUUGUACCAACAUUCAUUUUUGAACACAUGGUCAAAUGUAUGGGUGAAGGAUUGAUGAAAAAAAGCAUGGACCACAGUGUUCCUGACUUGUAAAGAAAGUACAUCUCUCUCUGUGGAGGCCUGCAUCUAUGAAGUACAUUAAGUGGAAAAAAUUAACAUUAACUUUUAGCUACCAAAAAAAAAAAAAAAAAAACAAAGAGAAUUCAUGUGAAAAAUAGAGUUUCUUUUAUUUGAUUGUAAGUCUGAAAAGUAAAGCUGGUAGGAAAAGAGCAAGAUUUUUAGCGCAGCAGUAUUCAUUAACUUAAGUGUUAGUGUAACUUGUUACUACACUUGAAAAUCAUUAUUUUAAAAUUGUUUCCAUUAUUUUUUCCCUUUCACUCCCAAUCAGUUUCUUGGAAUUAAUGAAAAAUGUAGUCAAGCAAGACAGCGGAAAAGGGGGACUGAAAAUCCUGCCAGGCCAUUUAUUUGUCUCUACUGUUCUUGAGUCUUGCACACACUAGGGGUUUUCUUUUAAGUAGAUAGCAGAGUUGCAUAUUAAAGGAUCUACUAUAUUAAGCUACUUUACAAACUUUAAAUCUUCUUGUACAACGGAAAUUACAAUCGUAGCCAUUUUGAUUGCGUUAUUGAUGGUGACCCAAGAAGUCACCAGUGGUGUUUUCAUUAAAACUACUUGUUAUGUGUUUAUUAUAGUUAUUGCCCAGUAAUUUGAAAACAUGCAGUUUCUUUCUUCCGUAAAGAAUGUAAAUAAAUGUAAAACCACAGUAAA